AUGGCUUGGCGACAAAAAAAAGAUGAAAGUAAUAAUGUUGAUAUAUCAUCAUUAAGUCGUCAACCAUCAUUUCAUCAUUUAACUUUGGGUUCAUCUCGUCUUAAUUCAUUAUUUGAACCAGCGACAGGUACAACGACAACGACUCAAUUCGGUACAUUAUUUCAUCCACAUGCAACAACAGCAACGCUUCUUCAUCCAACUAUUUGGACAUCAAUGGCUCCAACAUCUGUUGUUUCGUCGAAUCCUUCUGCAGUUCAAUCAGUAGCAAUGUCAUCUCCAGUACCAAUACAACCUUCAACAAUAGUACAGAAAUCACCA